AUAAAUGACAAUUCAGACGUUUUGACAUACCAUCGAUUUUGUUUAUAACAUAUAUUAGUAAAUUAAAUUUAUAGUAUUAAAAUAUCGAAUAAUUACUAAUGUUAUUGUGUAUUGGUGGUUGUUAUUAUCGAAUAAAUAAAUAUUGUUCGAAUUUUUUGAAAAAGCGUUGUAAAAAAUAUCUCUGAUUGGUUGUUUAUAUUAUCGGAAUUUAUUGUUCUAACCUAUAUGACCAUACGUUUAGUUUUAUAUGUAAACAUGGAAGAUGCACUUUCAUUCGAAUUCCAGUUGAAAUUAUCUAUUAUAAAUAAAUUAGAAAAAAUUAAUAGUACGUUAGAAUCACCAAAUGAUGCUUCAUCGAAGAAAAAAGAAGACGUGUGUAGUAGUACAUCGAUUAAUACUAGUUAUAGUGAAGAGACUGAUCAGAAACUAGAAUCUUCCGAAGUUCAGUUUGAUAAUUUAUUACAAGCAUUAGAACUUCAACGAAAAAAAACCGUAAUCAACAACAUUCAAGCGAGAAUAAAAAAAUUUGAAGAUUUUACGAUACAACAAGAAUUAAAUAGUAAAAAUGAGUGGAUCAAGAAGCAGCAAGAAUUUAUAGAAGAUAUACAGAAGAAAGAAAACGAUAUUAUAAGAGCUCUCGAAGAAUACGAUAAAAAAUCUUCGAAUUCACAAGCUCAGCUUAAUGUGUAUUAUAAAGAUUUGGAAUUACGUAGACAAAAUCGUGAAAAUGAAAUACAAAAGAAACAACAGGAGAGACAAAUUAUUUAUAAAUGUAUGGAUAAAAUUAAGAAGUUACAAGUAGAUUUUAGAAAUAUUUACGAAGAAAUCUUGUUGAUAUUAAAAACAUGUUUAAAUCAAGAUGAUCUUAAAAAUUCAGCAACCAAUUAUUUCAAAUCUCUUAAAUCUCUUUCGAUCGAUUUCGAUGAUAUAGUAAACAAAUGUAAAAACGGUAAAAUAACUGAAGAAAUAGUAAAAAAAGCCGACGAUAUCGUUACGCAAUUACGAAAUAUAAAAAUUAAAAUUAACGAUAUCGUUAACGAGAUUAAUAAAAAUGAACAAAAAGCCGUGUCGACAGAACAAAUUGCGUCACAUACAAACGUCGAAAAAUACGUCAGUUUAGAAAAUUUCGACAUGUACACCAAAUAUAUGGAAUUCUACGAUAACUACACAUCGAAUUUUAAAGAUAUGGAAAGUGAUCCCGAUCAGAAACCUUUCAUUCUUGAUUGCAAGAAAGCCGUUAACAUUCCAGUGAAUUCCCUUUCUGGGGCCAAUCCUGAACACAUUUCUGAUAAAUACAACAAAUUGUAUUCGCUUUUAAAGGGCGAAAACGUCAUUAUAACUGAUAAAAGAAUAAACGCUUCCUCGCAUCAGCACGGCGUGGCCUUCUGCGUGAAUUUAUUAGCGAAACGGUUCAUUUUACAGAGUGAUUUGAUCAUUUCUAGUAACGCGGAAUCGGCGUUUUGUUACGCCACAGUGAUCGUUUCCUUAUGGAACGAAUUUCCCACGUUCGGGGAAUUGUUGUUGGCACAUUUUUAUAAAGCUUGUCCGUAUUUGGUGCCGUUCAACGUGCCUAGAGAAGUGGGCGAAUCGGACGAGGAAUAUUAUAUGAAAAGGGGGUACCAAUAUAAGAACGGACAAAUCGAAAAGCAGGAUAAGUUUCUAAAACGCAUGACGGGUUUGAUGCGUCUGUACGCAGCUAUAAUGGUUGUCAAACCGAAAAAAGGUCACGUUAACGUUUAUAAUAUAAAAAAUGGUUGGAGAUGGUUGGCGUCGACAUUGAAAUUAGAACCUGAAGUUGAUAUAUCGGCAACGUUGGUACAUACUUUUCUGGAAACCGCCGGAUUUGAAUUAGACUUACACUACGGAAUGGCAUUUCAUAAAUUACUACGCAUAAUAGUCGAGAAAUUCCUACCAAGUUGCAGGGAAAAAUGUACGGGAGGAUCAGUAACCAGGUUAGAAUUAUUGAUGAUGGAAUAUUCGCAAAAAAAGAAAUUCGAAAUCCCCGACGGUUAUUUGGGGUACACUUAUUGGUGAUCAAUUUAUUAACCAUAUUGUUUUUUACACAAUGUAUAUACACUUUUAUUUAUUAAUAUUUUCAUUUUUUUGUGAAAUAAAUAAAUUAUACAAAA